UGGCUGUUCGGGAUUCGCUUUCAGCAUUAGUGUGUUGGUUGUGAAGGUGAACACUGGCAAGGCCAAGGGCAGUCAUCCUCACACUACCACCGGCCUUCAACAAGGAAGAACUUACUCAACCGGCAGAGCGAAGGCGCCACGAACUAAAAGGACAGCCUGACUGUACAAGGAAGGAAAACAAGCAGCAUCCCCCAACUCACCGUCAAGGACCAACAGAUAAUCAAGCAUACACACUAAGCUACAAUGGGCACAUGGCGGUUUCUAAGCCUAUUAUUAGUAGCAGCGGCCAUUGGAUGUCAAGUUGUAAGAGCUGAUGAUAUCUCAACAUCCUCAGAGUCUGCAAACAGCAUACCCGAAAUAUCCUCAGCCUCUGCUGAGCCAUCUGCACCCUCAGCAAGUGGACCCAGUGGUCCGAGUGCACUAGGAUAUACAGGACCAUCAGGUGUAGAAGAAUGUGAUCCGGACAUGAUUGGUUUUGAACUAGUCACUGGUUUCGUGUACUCAGCGCCGUCAGACCUGUUGGACUCACUUCCAGGAACAUUGAUGCUCACAGACUGCCUGGAGGCGUGUCAGGGCAACGACUCGUGCCACUCCGUGAACUAUGAGACGGGCCUCUGCGUGUUGUUCAGGUCUAAUGCUGACAGCUAUCCAGGAGCGCUGACCAGGUCGCAGUUCCCAGUGUUCACAAUCUACGCACAGAAGACUUGUCUGGGCGUGAAGCCAUGCGAACGGGCGUGGUGUUUCGACCGAGUGCAAGCCUAUCAAUUGUCCGGCUUCUCUAGAAAGCAACACGUAGCUGCUUCACGACAAGAUUGUCUCGAGCUGUGUCUUGGCGAGCGAGAAUUCCCAUGCAGGUCGGCCAACUACAACAACGCCACGAGAGAAUGCAGUCUGUCAGACAUGGACCGCUUGACAGUAGCAGGUUCCGGGGCUUUCCGUUCAGAGCCCGAUACGGAGUAUCUGGAGAACAACUGUGUUGAAGAACCCAUCAAAUUAUGUGAGUUCAAGAAGCUGAGUGGUCGCAUCCUCAAGACUGUGGACUCGGUAUACCAGGAUGUCGGUUCUGCAGAUGAAUGUCGCGAACUCUGCCUCAAUUCGCCCUUCCGCUGUCACUCCUACGACUACGGUGACACUGGCGAGAUGGUCUGCAGACUCAGCCAUCACUCGCGCGCCACACUCGCUGACAUACAGGAUCCAUAUCUGGAAGUACCCGAGGCAUCGACAUACGAGCUUAGCUCCUGUUACAAUGUCAGCAUUGACUGCCGAUCCGGUGACAUGGUGGCACGUAUCAAGACCAGCAAAAUGUUCAACGGCAAAAUCUACGCCAAAGGCAGUCCCAAUUCCUGCGUGGAAGACGUUCGUGGAAGUCUUGAAUUUGAACUAAAGAUGGCGUACGAUGAUGUUGAGUGCAACGUGAGACAACAGGGCCUUGGCCGAUAUCUGAACGACGUUGUCAUCCAGCACCAUGAUACCAUCGUGACGAGUUCCGAUUUGGGUUUGGCAGUCACAUGUCAGUAUGACCUCACCAACAAGAGCGUCUCCAACGAGGUUGAUCUUGGUGUGAGAGGUGACGUACGUCCUGCAUUGUCUGAAGAAGUGAUAGUGGAUUCGCCCAACAUUGCUAUGAAAAUCACGCAUCGUUACGGCGGAGAACUGCUCCCAUCAGCAGAAGUUGGCGACCCUCUCACCCUCUGGUUCGAGAUCCUGGAUCGCAACAGCCCAUACGAUAUGUUCGUCAGAGAACUUGUCGCUAUGGACGGAGUAGACUCCAGUGAGAUUGUGCUUAUCGAUUCUGAUGGCUGCCCAACUGAUCACUUCAUCAUGGGACCAAUCUACAAGUCUGCAGAUUCCGGCAAGGUUUUGUUAUCGCAUUUCGACGCCUUCAAGUUUCCCUCAUCUGAAGUGGUGCAAUUCCGCGCCCUGGUAACACCCUGCAUGCCUACGUGUGAGCCGGUGCAGUGCGACCAGGAGGACUCAUCUGGUGAACUUCGGUCUGUACAAUCCUUCGGUCGCCGACGACGUCGCUCCACCAGUACCAACAGCGCAGGAUCCAGUGUUCGUGAAGACAUGUUGCUCGUUCAGUCUAUCCACAUCACCGACAAAUUCGGUUUCGAUCGGUCGGCAGCAAGGAAGUCCAACAUGACCACGCCUACAAAUGACAACAGUGCUAUCUUCAUCAGCGACACGACGACGGGAGCGUUCUGCAUCAACGUAGCGGGCAUUAUCGUGGCCGGAACAGUAUUUCUAGCGGCACAGCUGGCAGUUAUUGCAGCCUGGACCUUCGUAUGGCAGCGCCGGAGAAAGUUUAUGAAGCACAAUCAGGACGCUAUGUCGGCAAGCGUCAGUAUCCCGGGGAUCAACGUCGCACGCACCGACAGUCUCUGCAAGCUUUACGACACAGGGUAUGCCAGACGCUUCUGAGAACAUGUCAACCAACCACAUUCGGUAGCCAUCUACUUUACUGUCGUAGCUGUAACUUAAACUAUUACAGUACGACAAUGCUUGACUCCAAAAUUAAGAAUUUUCUUUACAUGAUUUAAAAAAGCCCAGCCUUGCAGAAAAAAAGCGUAAUGUUGAAAGUAUUUCUUAAUCAGCCACUGCUUCCCUGUGUAACGGAGACCAUGACUGUCUCCUCAACUGUGUAAGGUAACAACAAAAUACACUAAGCCAGUUGUUCAUUAAUCCAAAGUUCCACGGAAAGUUCCACCAUAGAGUUUCUAUCGUUUUUAUCACAUCCCGAAAGAAGGCACUGUUGAAGAUGGAUAUCAUACAUACAGAGAAGUUUAAUAUAUAUGAACGUGUUUGUUUGGAGUCCAAGCAGUUCACCCCACACAGCGAUUCCUAUAAUUCACGUAACUUUCCACUAAAUGCUACAUUAAUUUUAAUCGCAUCAUAUAUAAGGGGAGGCAGCCAUUAUCUCACACACGAAACCUCUUUCCAUUUAUAUUCAUGAAAUGAACAUACUGUAUCAAUAAUUCGGAUACGUAUAUCUCAAACUGUCCACCAGUGAUCGGUACAGCCACAAUAAUCAUUGUUUACAGAAAAGAGGUCGCCACAAAGUGGUCAUAUUUUGAAGCCUUUCGUGCAGUAGAGAUGAUUCAUGAAAUAAAUUACUCGCGUUUCAACAGUCGCUCACUUGUGAAUAUCAUUAAGAUCUAAAAGUUUGAGACGACGGUACAUCAGUACAAAUAUUGUGUUUCUGGGCAUUAU